CCUCAAUGAGUUACGGUAAUAUUGAGAAAUGACUUCUACGGGCUGAACGGAGACGUUGUAUGCCAGAGGGCGAGAACGAAAUUACGACAGUGGGAAGAUUCCUACCCCUUGGUAUAUAUGGAAACCUGUUUUCAGGACUGGCGUCCUCGUACCUCACAAUGGAGCAUACCAGACGUUGGCGCACACAUUCCCCAGAUCGGCUGGAGCCUAUCGCAUGCAACAGUACCCACCUGGCGUCUAUAUCCGAACAUUCCUGCUGCAAGUCAUGGACGUUGAUCUGGCCAAUGAAAUCAAUCGACCUUCUUUUUCCGACAUGCUGAUAACUGCCAGUGUACUAGUGUCGACUGCACAGGUGCCUCGAGGAAAUGUGAGAUCGGGGCAUGUCUUGCUUCAGUGACCGAAGUAUGGAUGAAUAUUUGUUCGCCAUCUCGAAGAAUGGUGACUACCGGAGGAUUAUCACUAGCGCAGGACUAUGUAUAUGCCAUGAUGCCACGACUUUGCGUGAUAGAGUUCAAGAGCGGAGAUUUACAGCGGUGAUUACUAUCGCAGAUAUUAGCACAGCACCGACAAGAUGCUCAAUUGGAGCGACGUACUACCCACAUUAACCGCGUUUAUCGCCUUUAUUCUGGGCAUACUAUGCCUCUUUGCAGGGACGAAAACAAACCUUUUAUUAGAUACGGAUCUCUUCACGAUAUAUACGACGAGGAUAGGCAAUGGCACGGGGAUGCGGGACUUCUAUUCGAUAUAUGUCAUGUCCUACUGUGAGGGAUUCCUGCAUGCAGAAAGUCGAAACUGGACCGCAUGUUCACACCCGUCGCUACUGUUCUCCUUCAAUGCGACAGAAGCAUUAACGAAAGAUGCUGGUAACAGCACCUCACUAUCUAGCCUGGGAUGGCCGAGUUCCAUCACGGAUGAUCUACGCACGUUCGGUGCUACCACCCAGAGCAUGGGCGUCUUCUACUGUAUUGGGAUAGGGUUAGCGGGACUGGCGGUCUUGGAACGACUGUGGUUCGUGAUCGCGAAAGGACCGAGACAGACGGUUGUAGAAGUUUCUUCUCUCGUGCUCAGUUUCACUAUGCUCAGCAUUCCGUCCAUUAUCGCAACAGUCAUUGCAUUACAAUUUGUAAAACUCAUCAAUCGUCACGGAGAGGAGUCCGGUGUGACGGCGACGUAUGGACAUCAAUUUUUAGGAAUGACAUGGGCUGCCGUCGGGUUGCUGCUGGUCGGAGGCAUUGUCAGUUUACUUACGGUAUUGGUGGACCGUAACCGAUCGGCAGACCAGUAUGAACCGGUGGCAGAACCGAAGACGGUGGCCGAGGAUUCCGACUCGGUAGGGUCGAACCAGAAGGGUGACUAAGAAAGGAACGGAAUGGAGAGGAAUACUACGAAUAAAGAAAAGGGGGAGGAGGAAUUAACUAAAGGAGGAAAAGUAGGAAAAGCGAAAAGAACAUCGGAGAAAGCCAAGGAAAGGGAACGAAUCGGGAGGAGUGAUUCUUGUGCAAAUAUGUUGAGUUGGAGCCCAAAAUUGGAUAUACGUCGAAAGAAAAAGAUAAGAGCCCCACUGAAUCUCGACAGUUCUGUCCUUAGUAGAAGAAAUUCCAUGACUAUCUGUUGAUUUUUGAUCGAUGAUGUUGUAACAGUGUUUGGUGAAGUGGACCUUGUUCGCAAUACAAUGGCAGUAUGGCAGUGGAAGGGGUCUUGAGAUCAUACUCAUAGUGUGAGAAAAAAAUUGGGUCUCCCGCGGAUGGCGACGUCACGAGUGGACCCGUGAGAAGGUCUCGCCAAAUGAGGCAACCCGGUUCCCUCCGUUCCAACCGCUAUACCUGCGAUUCUAUCGUUGAUAGUGGGUCACUCGAUGGAUUCAAGGGAUGUCAAAUG